GUCAAAUCUCUGCUCUCUUACAACGACCCUCUUCUCUCUGUCUCUCUCUAAAUUUACCCUGUUCCGUAUCUUCCCGAAGGAAACUGCGAGGAUGGAAGAUCAAUCAAUGGAUUUUGAGCCGAUCCACCACGUCGAAUCAGCUAACAACGACCACGGAUGGCAGAAGGUGUCCUACGUCAAGAAGCAGAGGAAGAAUCAACAGAAGCCGGCUUCAGACUCCACCAAGAUUGUCGCCAACGGAUCCGUCGUCCCCGCCGCCGACAAUGUGUUUAUGUCGCUGGAGAAGCAGUCCGAGGAGCGUCACCAGAGAAUUGAGGCUCAGAGAGCUGCGAUGUACCUCGAUGAUGAGGUUCCGGCGAGAUCGGCGGCGAAUCACCGAUCCCACGACGAGGAUCAGGACAGCGAUGUGGAGGGUGGUGUGCCAAAUGGAGUUGUUGAGGUGAAGAAGAAGAAGGAGAAGCAAAAGAAGCCGAAGAAGCCGAAGGUCACCGUCGCUGAAGCUGCUGCCAAGAUCGUUCCGGCCGAGUUAUCGGAUUUCCUCGAUGAAAUCUCAGCAUCGUACGAAUCGCAAGAACAAAUACUUUUGAUGCGAUUUGCUGAUUACUUCGGACGUGCAUUUUCAUCUGUGUCUGCUUCACAAUUUCCUUGGUUGAAGUUGUUCAGAGAGUCAUUGGUCUCAAAGAUUGCAGAUGUCCCUGUGUCACAUAUCUCUGAGCCUGUGUACAAGAUCUCAGUUGACUGGAUCAAUAAACGGUCUUAUGAAUCCCUUGGAUUCUUUGUGUUAUGGUCGCUAGACGGAAUCCUUUCUGAUUUGGCUGCCCAACAAUCUGUUAAGGUCUCAAAGAAAGGUGCCCAACCAUCAUCCUCAAAAUCUCAGGUAGCUAUAUUUUUGGUUCUAUCAAUGGUGUUGCGACGGAAACCUGAUGUUUUGAUCAAUCUAAUGCCAACAUUGAGGGAUAACAAAACGUAUCAAGGACAAGAUAAGCUCCCUGUAAUGGUUUGGGUGACAGCUCAGGCUUGCCAUGGUGAUGUGUGUGUAGGGUUGUAUGUGUGGGCCCAUUGGAUCUUGCCUUUAGUUGGAGGCAAAUCGGGUUCUAAUCCACAGGCAAGGGACUUGAUUUUGCAGUCAGUGGAAAGGAUCCUAUCUUUACCAAAGGCUCGGACCAUUUUAGUAAAUGGCUCUGUUAGGAAAGGAGAACGUUUGGUGCCACCAUCAGCACUUGAUUUUCUAUUACGGAUGACAUUUCCUGCUUCUUCAGCACGAGUUAAGGCUACUGACAGGUUUGAGAAAAUAUAUCCCACUCUCAAAGAGGUUGCUCUUGCUGGUUCUCCUGGAAGCAAAGCAAUGAAGCAAGUUUCACAGCAGAUCUUUCCAUUUGCAGUCAAAGCUGCUGGGGAAGGCAUUCCAGCACUAUCUCAGGAAGGGGCUAAUAUAUUUGUCUGGUGCUUGAAUCAAAAUGCUGAUUGUUACAAGCAGUGGGACAAGAUCUAUGUGGAUAACAUAGAAGCCAGUGUUGCUGCCUUAAAAAAACUUGCUGUUGAGUGGAAAGUCUUGUCUGCUAAUCAAUCUUCUCACAAUGCACUCCGAGAAACUCUCAAAAGUUUCAGGCAUAAGAACGAGAAACUGUCAACGGAUGGAGUUGAUCAAUCACUGCUUAAAGACGCUGACAAACACUGCAAGCUUUUGUUGGGAAGGCUAUCAAGUGGGCACGGUUGCUUCAAGAGCUUUGCUGUUCUUGUAGUCUUAUUGGGCUUGGGUGCCGCCUCUGUCAGAUCCCACGAGUUCUUCCAGUCUUUGGAUUGGGACAAGUUGUCCACUCUCCUUACUAUUACCACCCAGUAAGCUCCUCUCAGUAGCUGCUUGAUUUACCCGACGAGACUGAUAUAACAUACGAGGUUAUUGAUUUUUAAUGGCGAAGUAAUAAUGACUGUUUUGUUCCAAAAAACAAAGGGGCAAAAUAUGGUGUUUGUUGUAGUUUCGUGCCUCGCGGGUAACGACGUAGAAUAGUGUGAGGGUAAUUUCAAUGGAUUCUUCACAAGGAAAGGAAUGAUGAAAUAGGUAAAGAAAGUGAUGAUAAUGAUGACAAGGGGACCUUUGGUUCUAAUUUAAUUUUUUCCUUAUUUUCUGUUAGAACGUCAUACGUGGAUACAAAUACUCAUUGUACUUCAAAAAGGAUUUUGUUAUGGUUACCUUUUGUGUUAUUUUGUUUUCUCCAGCUUUUGGAUUUCUUUGGUUAUUUUGUCAAGACUUGGAGUUCAUCUUAUGAGGUCAACUUGGUAGAAGUGUGAUUUUGUAUAUCGGUUUAUUAUCCUAUAUUUAAUGGAUGUCGGAC